AUGGGUGAGCGAGGUCCUGAUCAAUGGUUAGAACAAAUCAAGAAAUGCAUAGCACUCACUGAGUCAGAUAUGAAACAAUUAUGUGAGUUGGUUAAGGAGCUCCUUAUGGAAGAAUCAAAUAUCCAGCCAGUUCAAUCUCCUGUAACUGUAUGUGGUGAUAUCCAUGGUCAAUUUCACGAUUUGCUAGAAUUAUUCCGGAUAUCCGGAGGAUUGCCUCUGGAUGAUAACAACACCAAUUAUGUAUUUUUAGGAGAUUAUGUCGAUAGAGGUUACUUUUCCCUUGAAACUUUCACAUUAUUAAUGGUCUUGAAAGUAAAAUACCCUCACAGAAUAACUUUGGUAAGAGGUAAUCACGAAUCACGUCAAAUCACCCAAGUUUACGGGUUUUAUGAAGAAUGUCUUACAAAAUAUGGAUCAACCACCGUUUGGAAAUAUUGUUGUCAAGUGUUUGAUUUCCUUACUCUUGCUGCUAUAAUCGACGGAAAAAUCCUUUGUGUUCAUGGAGGGUUAUCCCCAGAAAUCAGAAUGCUUGAUCAGAUCAGAGUUCUUUCCAGAGCACAAGAGGUGCCUCACGAAGGUGGUUUCUGUGAUUUGGUUUGGUCCGAUCCAGAUAAUGUAGAUACUUGGGCAGUAUCGCCGAGAGGAGCUGGUUGGUUAUUCGGUUCCAAAGUGUCUCGAGAAUUCAACCAUAUUAAUAAUUUAAGUUUAAUUGCCCGGGCCCAUCAGUUAGUAAUGGAGGGGUUCAGAUUCCAUUUCAAAGAGAAGGAUGUAGUUACGGUCUGGUCAGCUCCUAAUUAUUGUUAUAGAUGUGGGAAUGUUGCUAGUGUGAUGCAAGUUGACGACUAUGAUGAACCGAACUUUAAGAUUUUCAGCGCAGUUCAAGAUGGUGAUUUGGCAGUUAAAAACAACGGAGGCAAACUGCUGAGAAGUGAUUAUUUCUUAUAG